AUGCUAAUGUGGACCAAUCAGGCACCACAAACAGAUUCACCCAUGGUGAGCCAGAACACAGGCCCUGCUCCACCUCAACUCUUCACACUUGAAAACUGCACUUCGUCAUCCCGAAUCCGAGCUUUUUUACGUCUCUCGAGAAUAGCUACCGAUGAUACCAUACGGCAACAUUUGAACGAAAUCAAACCAGGUUCGUGCAAUUCAUACUUUCGUACCAAGAUCGCCCCGCAAUGGAAAGCAAGACAGGAGUUGAUCCAGUACUGUGAAAGCCGUGGUGCUGAGCUUCGGCACGAAACGGAUCAGCAAGGAAGCUCGGCACAGAAACCAGAUUUUGAUCUUACUUUAGAUCCGUAUGUACUCAAGGAAUACCAGCGCAAAUUGGAGAGCCAGUAUUCAGUGUGCCAGACAAUUGAAAACUGGGUAGAAAACGAAAAGGGUGUAGAGUCAAUUAUCAGGGAACAGACAUCGAAUGUGCUCAACGACAAGUGCUACUUUAACGACUGGAUGGCGGAGUUUAAAAGAUUAAAUAGCCAAUGA